AUGGAAGGGCAGGACUCCGGCGCGGCUUCACUUGAGGAGUCUGCAAAGAACUUCUAUAGCAGUGGGCAAUACAAUGAAAUUGUCUCGGGUUGCUGGGCCGCCUCUGCGAGGCGGCAGUGCUUGCCGAGUCUGAUGCGGGUUGAGUCUGCCGGCAGCAAGCGAAGCAAUUCCCCGCAGCACCUUUCCUCAUUGACAGCAAGUACGGAGCAACAGCAACAGCCGCUUCCGUGGCUCCAUGCAUCCGGCGUCCCCGUGCCUCUGCUUGACGUCGGCGUUGACGGUGGGGAGGAGGUGCCCUCGGCGUGGAAGAGGGACUUUGUCCCUCCAACGCAGGGCGGUGAACCCAAGCAGCCGCACGAGCCACUGCCGCCCUCGCCGGAGCUGCCCGAAAAGGUCAAGAUCUCCUUGAGUAAACGCUGGACGCCAUACAUUAACGGCGCCGUUCGGCGCUACAAGGUGCCAGCUAAAUUUAGGGGCAGACUAGAGGUUGCUGAGAAGACAGGAGGGAGUCCGUUUCGGUACCUCGAGGAGGUGGCGCGGCAGCAUGCGGAGGAGCAGGCCGGAAAACGUCCCUGCUACGACGUAUUUGCGCCGCAGCUGACGCCGCCAACACAGUUCGUUCUGCGCGUACCGGACGCAGACCCGAGGCGGUUGCUGGACGAGGUGUACCCCAGCGCAAAGGCGCUGGCAAAUGCUGAGACUUCGAUGGAGUUACGGCAGCGGAAGGUGCUCUUUGACGCCACCCUCGGCGCGGUGAAGCCGUACGCCCUGGGAGAGAGUAGGGAUCGCCAGGGGCGGCAUCAGGGUCGGAGAAAGCAGAGGCCGGGAGAGGUGCCUCUGUCCAUGCCACUCUCCGCCCUCUCGCACGAUCCAAUGGUAGUCUUUGUGGAGGCCAUGCGGUACCAGCGACCCGGGUUGGGGGUUUACUCCUUUGAUGUAUACUAA